UAGGAAGGAAACAUGAAAGAGGGGGGGAAACGGCUUAAUAGUCGCAGAGUGGAGCAGAUGAAGUGCCGCGUUGUUUUCAGAGAUGUAGAGAGAAGGAACUGCAUGUCUCUUUAAUUAUCCAGAGGGACCCAUGACCCUGACACGAGGAUCCUUCACCUAUUCCAACGGAGAGGAGUACCAUGGAGAGUGGAAAGAAGGUCUGCGUCACGGCCUGGGUCAGCUGAUCUUCAGCGACGGGACGUGCUUCACCGGACAGUUUGAGAACGGCCUGUUCAACGGCUGUGGCGUUCUGGUGUUUCCUGAUGGCUCCAGGUAUGAAGGUGAAUUUGUGCAGGGGAAGUUCCAGGGAGCCGGUGUUUUCACUCGCUUCGAUGGCAUGAAGUUUGAGGGCGAAUUUAAAGGCGGAUGUGUGGACGGCCACGGCCUGCUGACCUUCGCGGACGGCGGACGAGGCGUCAGCCACGAGGGCCUGUUUGAGACCAACCAGCUGAAAAGAAGAGAGAGCAGCCAUGCAGCUGUUCAGAGAGCGCAGGCGGCGUCGGCCAAAGCCAGAGCUCUGGCCUCGUGACGUGGACCGGACGACCCACACCGACCCCUGGUACCGGGGUCAUCCUCCUCCCGUCAGUCUGACCUCCUCAACACGUUUCUAAUGCUCCUUUGUUUCAUCGUGUCCAGCUUCUGCAAACGAUUCUGGGAUAAAAUGUCCAACUUUAUCUUCUGGUUCAUUUGAACUGUCGGGUCUGUGACCUGCAGAGUAAUCAGGACGGUAAAAUCUGCUCACACAGCCACUGACUCAGGAUCAGUACCGCCGAACACACGCUGUUCGACACACUGCUAAGUGCUAAAUCGCAUCCAGAGUUUGAUUUUUAAAAAACUCUGGAUGCGACAUUAAAUAUGGGCAUUUUUCAGGUAAUCCUGACAACAAGCAGGUUCACACUGGGCUUUAUUUAAAAGUUCAAGCAAACAACAGAUCAAACUUUGGUAACGUAAAUUCUGAUUCACCUCACACCCCGAUACUUUAUGAUUAGUGUUUUUAUUAUUAUUUAAGUGUUUUCAAUGCAAAAUAUCACAAGUUAAGGUCCAUAGUGUUGAAUUAUAAACAAGAGAAGCUGUGGCUCUCACAUGGCUUAAUCUGUAAAUUAUUAUUUUCUAUCAUUUCCUAAGCAAUCAGAUCUUAAGGGUCUAACUAUAAUUAUUAUCAACUGCUUUAAUCCUUUAGAGAGAAUAGCAGAGGUUAAAUAAUAUUUUAAAGUGUAACAUUUUCCUCACCUGUGUGUGUAGUCACUGACAACAUUGGGAACCCAGAAGGAAUGGUCUAAUUUAGAUAUUUUAAUAUUUAAGUCACAAUUAGUUUGCAUAUCUAAAACUCAUGUUAACAAGUCCAGUUUUCUUUAUCCAGGUUAACCCUAUAAUCACUCAUAUUUCAUGCACAUGGAUUCAAAAAAAUUUACAUAAACAUAACAUUCAGUUUUUCAUAAGGAAAUGUUCAUAAAAUUCGACUGUGAUGAGUGAAUGUUUUUAUGUUGGCUAUAAAAGAUUGAAUCCUGAAAACUGACUCAAAAGCUGCUUUAUCAAACUUGAAGGUCAUGAAAACUUAAACAUCCAGGAUUUUACAACAGAUUUUGACUUUUGACCCAGGAAUUAACUUUAGUGUGCUAAUUAAAUUAAAAACUGAAAUGACUGAAGAGUGAUUUCACUGAACAGUCAUCUUCAGUGAAAUCAAUCAAUCAGUUUUAUUUCUAUAAUGUGACCCUUUUAUGUUCGCCUCAGGUUCAGUUCAUAACAGACACAUUCAGGUUCGCCGAAUUUAAUCUGAGAUAAAAUCAAGUUGGUGUUUAGCAUCAGUUCAGCAGCUUCUGCCCCUAUACCUUAAAUAAAAUAUAAUAACCCUAAACUACAAAGCAAUGGCUCCAAGUGAGCAGUUAGCAGCAGCUAACAUUUGUGAAACCUAACAUAGCUAAAAUGGACAACAUUAAUAAUAAUAGUUAAAAACAAAAAAUGCAGCAAAAUUACUCAAAAAACUCUGUAUGUUAUUAAAUUGUUAAAUUUUGUUAAUAGUAAAGAAGGUUAAAUAAUAAAAAUUCCAGAAAUUAUUCUUUUUCUUUUUUUACUUAAAGGAAGAUCUCAAGGUUCACAGAGUGUGUACAGCGUCAGGCGCUGCUGCCCUCCGAUAAAAUCCUGCAGGCGUCUGGGCAUAGUUCUGAACUUUAACCCUAGGAAAGAGUUUUAUACAUAAAGCAAUUUAUUUUAAACGUUUUUUUAUCAUUUCCUUUUUUUAAAAAACUCUAAAUAUAAACAAAUGUUAUUACUUCAGUGUAAAAACAUUAAACUAAAUAAUUUCAGUGCUCCCUAACGACUGGCUAUUUUUAGAACGUGCUCCGCGGGCGACUGACCAGGUCCCCUCGGGCGACCGGGGGCCCGCGGGCCCCGUGUUGGUGACCCCUGUGUUAAAAUAUAACACUUGUAAAGGAAACACAGAGCUGAUUCUAAUACAAACCACAGUUACCGACGGCAACAGAAAAAGGGGGAGGAGGUGCCGGUUACUGGUCGCCAUGGUAACCACCAACUGCCAAGAGCAGCGUAACCAGCAGAACUUAACAUACCAAUAAAUGUCUGAAGAAACAACUUGUUGACUAAACAAAAUAAAUUCAAAGAAUAAAACAAACACAUUUUGACAAACUUCACAUGAUAGAGUUAAAUAAAACGCUGUUACACCGCACAUUUCAGCAACAAGGCAGGUCAAAGUGCUUUACAUCAUAAAAAUACAAAGUCAUAGAAGACAGUCGAUGAUUGAGACAUUGCAUUUUGUCAAGUGCUGUCGUUACACAUCAUAAUGGUGAUUAGUUUCAUUUAGUCAGAUUAAGACUCAAUUCAGUUCAUUGUAGUCCAGUUAAUUCAGAUUAAUUCCCAGUCCAGUUUAAAAUCAAACCCACAUUUUCCAUUGAAUGUUUAGUGAUACAAAUUCAAAUCUAAAAUGUUUUAGUGAGGAAAAAUUCUCAUUUAAACUACUUUUACUAACAUAGUUGAACAAGUACAUUCCUCAUAACAGUGAAUAUUACAAAACUCUACAAAUAAAGUAACCUGAAUAUAGCGCAGCUGUUCAUUAAAGCAUAAUCAGGGUUUUCCCCUCAACUUGAACCAAACUGAAGCCCAGUGUGAACUCACGCAAACAUGUCGAUUAUCAAAUCACCAUUCGAGUCUCUGCCUUCCCUUUAAAAAGCAGAUUUCUUUUAAUGCCUGGCCUUCUCUGGUCUCUGAGUGGAAAACCAGUUUAGGUUAGAUUUUCUUAUCACUCAGUGCCAUUUCAGCCCAGCAGGAGCGACCUGCUCAGUGCCAAGUGAAUUUGGGAGAGUGGAAGAUGGGGUUGGCUCUUGGACAAUGGAAGCUGCCACGUUGUGCAGGCUUCCGGUAAUGAGUGCAAUUUCUGUGUUGGAGGUGCAAUUUGAUAAUAGUGUGCAAUUUCUGUCUGAGAGCAAGUUUUUCCUCCCACCAGCCUUUAAAUUCGGAGGAUGAUGAGCCGACUGUUUCAGCGUUGAAGAGAGAGAGGUUCAUCUGUGGGUCAGUGGAAGAGUUUAUUCUGCAAAAUUAGGAGUGGUUUCACAUAAACUAUGUUUGGUAAAGAGCUUCCUUUCGCCUUGAUGUCAGUGUUAAUUAAACCAGAGGAAACUGUGAGAUUUAAAAUGAAAUGUUUCACCCAGUCAGUUCUUACACAGAGCUAACCUGCUUAGUUAUGCUUUUCUACUCAGUUUUAUAAACCAGUAGGGCGGUUUUUAAAAGUCUUGGUGUUGGAAUGUUUAAUGUAUGUGCACAGUGUAGUUCUGAUCCAUCACAAAAAGAUAAUCCUCAUUUUAUACAUUUAAAGCUCCAGUAUAUAACUUCUAUAAAAAAAUUUUUUUAUAAAUAUUUGCUCAAACUUUCACCAUGUUGUGACAGUUUGCUACGAGACAGAUAAUCUGUGAAAAUAUUAAUCUCCACCACCUCAUCCCUGAGCUAAUAUUGGUUUCUGAAGAAAUGCACCACCUCUGACCAAGACAAGCCAAUCAGAGCCAGGAGGAGGGGCUUAGCGCUGUCAAUCAUAUUUGUGUACUUGCUGCUAAGUGUGCUAAAGGCUGAGAAACAACUUACUGCCACAGGAAAACAUUUAUCCACCGUCAUCUGUGGCUAUGCUAACUAGAUAGAUAAAGGGAGGAUUAGCAGCACCACACAGAGGGUGAUUGACAACGCUAAGACCCCCGUCCUGACUCUGAUUGGUUGUUUCUAGUUAGCACUGGGAGAAGGCAGAGAAGCUUGAUUUUUUUUUCAGAUUAUCCAUCUCAUACCAACCUUUCUAAAAAAAAUAUAGACUUUUAAAAUAUUUAUUCAAACUGUCACCGCGCUGUGACAGCGUAAUAUCUGUGAAUAGACCGACCUCCUCUACCUCCUUCCUGAGAUUGUAUUGCCUUUUGAAGAAAUGCACCUCACUUAACCAAAAACAACCCAUCAGAGCCAGGAGGAGGGUCUUAGCACUGUCAAUCAUGCUCAUGUAGACACUGCUAAAUGUGCUAAUGGCUGAGAAACAACUUACAGUUACAGGAAAAUGUUUAUCCACCGUCAACUGUAUUAACCAACUAGAUGAAGGGAGGAUUAGCAGCGCCACAUAGAGGAUGAUUGACAGCGCUAAGACCCACCUCCUGGCUCUGAUUGGUUGUUUCUAGUUGGCACUGGGAGAAGGCAGAGAAGCUUGAUUUUUUUCUUUCCAGAUUGUUUCAUACCAUACUGUCACAACAUAGUGAGAGUUUUAAAAAAUAUGUAAGAAAUAUAUUUUUAUUAAAGUUAUGUACUGUAGUUUUAAGGCUUGUAGAAAUGGACUAACAUGUUUCACUUGUGCUUUGUGCCGGCUGAUAGCCACCAUCUGUCCACGUAGUGAGACUGUAGAUGUGCCAUAUCUGUGUCCGUUUUGUCUGGUAGUCUGGGGUUUGGUGGUUAGUUGGUAAACGUAUUUAAUUUUCUGUUAUGUGAAUUUCUCAGAGUAAGAUUCAUUUAGGAUUUGGAUUUUGUUCUCCUUGCAAACCAAUUUGGCCAAAGGAGAGAGAAAAAAAGGCAAAGCAGACGUGAUGGAGAAUAGUCACACCUUUUAAUCGACUCUGGGAUUUUUAACUGGAAAUGUCAACUCACCUUACUUCUGCCUUUCGGUGGUUUUAGCAAAAGAAUAUCUGAAUUAAUCAUUCAGUCUGGAACACCGGUGGGUUUCUGCUGUCUUGUGUCUGCUGUUUAUUUUGUCCUGAAAAUAACUGAUUCCUUUUAUUUGUAGGAGAUAAUGAGGAUCACAAAUCCCUUUAAGAAGCACCUUCAAACCUCAACUUGAAAAGUUGCCAUUAGAUAUUAAAAUGAAUGACUGUCAGUAUUAUCAAAAUUGUUUGCUACCGUUACCACUGAACUUGUUUGACUCCGAUAGGAAUGUCAGGAAUUUAAAGAUCACUCAUUUUCUGAGAGGUUAUUGUAUUAUUCUGAGAAAAAUAACAAACUGAAAAGUAAAAAAAAAAAAAACACAUUAUAAUGUCUUCAAUUUCAUUUUGGUUCACAUCCUAAUAAAUAACUAGAUAACAGAUUUAAGCUCACAGGGACAUCACACUAAAAUCAUCCAUAUAAAACUGUAAUGAUUUAAAAAAGAAAAGCUUUUUUAAUGGUGUGUUUGUCGUGGUUUCCAAAUUCCAGGUCAGAAGUGAAUAGAUUGGAAUAAAUUUCUUCUUCAAGUUGGAAAUCUGACUUUGGGAAAUUUCUCAUCAACUCUGACCUCAAAAUCCAAUAUGGCUGCUGCAUCUACAAUGAUGUGAAAAAGUAUUUCUCCCCUUGCAGAUUUCAGCAGCAACUGCAACUUUCAUAAAUUACCUACAAAUUUAUAAGAAUUUUAUAUGUAAAUUCAUCAAGCAUCUACAUAUAAAAACAUUUUAAAUUGACAGAUACUAUUAAGCAUUUGUCAUAACUGGUAAUGAGUCUUUUACAAUUUUGGAAAACGGUUUCUAUUGAACCAAAGGGACUGUUUAAGGCCAUUUCCACUGGCUUUAAGUGCAGACUUUGACUAGGCCUUGUCUAAAUGUUAUUUUAAAUUUUUUAAAGCCAGUCAGAGGUGGACUUGGUGGUUUACUUUGGAUCACAAGCUGCAUUUCCAUUGACCAUAUAAUUGUGCAAAUUGGAGAAAUGAAAAAUCUCAAAAAGGAAAAAUGGCGAUUUCGAGAAAAUUCACAUCUUUUUCCGGUUAGACCUUUUUGCGCUAUGAUGAGGUGGUUUCUCACCUGAAUCAAAAUUAGGGUAUUUGCAAAACUGCAAUGGAAACUUUUUUCCACAUCCCACAAGUCACGUGAUCAACAGCCGGAUGUUACUACUGGCGGAAAAGACGAAGAAGACAACAGGAAGCGGUAGGAUAUUUUUUAAUGGCGUUGUGUUAAACUUAUUCAGGUGUGAUUUUAAUCAUGUUUCUUAUUUAACGGAAACACGGGAAAUUACAAAAUUGUGUUUUUUCAACGGAAACAUUUGUAUUGAAAACGCAGCUACCAAAGUGUGCAAAGCAAGAUUUCAUGAUGUGGAUGGACAGAAAGUUGUCCAGAUCCUGAAGACCAUUUCCUCAACCACCACCAUGUUUGACCGGUAAAAAUCUUUUCCAGAAAUCCUGACCUACUGUGCCAUAUUUUCUCCAUUCAUGUAUAAUAGCUAACCUUUGCUUCAAAGCCUUAUAAAUGGUCCUGUAAGCCUUUCUAGGUGUCACUGAAUUUGAUUCUUGUUUAAUUUCUUUAGAUCUGAGGAUCAUGUGUUGCUUUAGCCUACUUUAUUGUGUCAGACAUGUUUUGUUUUAGUGAUUUCUUUAUUCUGCAGGAUGAUAACAGUUUAUCUGUAAUUUAACAAGUGGGGCAAUUAUAUUUUCACAUAAGUCUGUGUUUUGUGUUUACUCAGGUUAUUUUGUUAUUAAAAUGUAUUUGAUGGUUUCAAUCAUUUCAAUGUGACAAAAAAAGUGAAAACAAAAGAAACCUGUAAGGCGAAAAUACUUUUUUUUACAGCAAUGUGUACAACAACAUGGUGAAAGCUGCAUUAAUAAACUGUUCAUUUACA